ACUAUGGCGAAGCUCGAAUCGGAAACUUCAUCUUCUUCUUCAGCCUUCUUCUCUCAGACCCCUUCUCGUCUCCCUGAUGACCACGUUUUCUUCUCAAUAUUCCCGGACGCCUCCCUCUCCGCCGCAGGAUCGGAAAGCUCCGCCGCUCUUCAAUCACUUCACCUGGAAAUCAUCGAUUUCGUUUCUCCAUUCACUUCUCCCUACAUAUGGCAACACGAGCCUUUCUCCCUCUCUAUCGCUCUCUCCUCCUCUUGCGUCUGUACCGACACUGCGAUGCCUCAUCUUCACGGGAAGCUCAAGUAUGGUGACAAUCUAGAGGACGAAUGGUUCGCUGUGUUCUUGCUCUUCCGCAUCUCCGCAGCGUUCCCGUCUAAUUCCAUCCGUGUGUGGGACACCGACGGCGAGUUUCUCCUCAUCGAAGCUGCUUUUCACCUCCCUCGUUGGCUCAAUCCCGAGACGAGUCGCAACCGUGUCUUUAUUCGCGGCGGUGAGCUCCACAUCGUCCCCCGUAGCCGCCUUCCGGAUCCUUCCUUAGUUGCGUCCUUGCGGUUUCUCGUCGAGCGUAGUCACGAAUCUCGAGCUUCGGAUUCAGUUCAAACCGCGUUGAAGAACCGGAUUUCCGAUUAUCCCGAUAGAGCGUGGAGGAAUAUGCAUCGUGUUAGGGUUAGGGUUCCGGUUUCGGUGGCGCAGGUGCUCAAGCACGAACCUUUCUUGAUUUCGCUAGCAGUGGAAGGCUUUUACGAUCGUGAUGUGGAUUCAAUGAAACACGCAGCGAAGAUGGAGAAGUUUCUGAGCAAACGAAGAGAGGAGGAGCUCGUGCUGGUGAUUGUCAAGAUGUCGCGUGCAAUGUACGCACAGCUGGUGCAGCAGAAGUUUCAGGCACCCAGUUGCUAUCCAAUGCCGAGCAUUACCGAUCGGGAUGCUUACAUAGAAGCCGAGCUAGGGAUGAAAAUCGCUUGUGGUAUGGAAAUGAUGUAUCAGCAGAGGAAGAAGGAAGGAGAAGAUGGGAAAGGGAUUAGCUGGAGCAAGUAUAAGGACAAUCUCGAGAAGAAUGGUUAUUUUGAAGGUUUGCUUUGUGGCUCGAAGGAGUACAAGAGGUUGAUGGAGAAUGCCGAGGAAUAUUACCAGAAGAGUUCAUCCGUUUCAAGAAUAAGAGACAUUAUGAGUGCGCCUGUGAGACGUAUUGAUGAGAUUCUUGCUCUACCGUAUUCGGAGGAUGACUUCAAGGGUCAGGAAGUUCCUGUUUCUGACAGUGAUUCUUGGCUCUACGAUGGUGGGGAUGAGUUAAACUCUGUUCUUCAAGAGAGGCAGAAAGAGAUGGAGUUCUAUAACUCAAAGAAGGAAAGAAAACAGAAAGCAAAGGAGAAGCAAGAAGCUGGAAGCUCAUCUGAAUCAAACGUGAACAAUUUUGAUCUUGGUGAUAUCUCAAAGUCGAUGGAACAAUUCAUCAAGAAGGUGUCAAGUUACAAAGGAGCAGAAGUGCCAGAAAACAGGGAUUUCAAAGAAGUAAAUCUAGAUGUCGACCGUUUCAUGAAGGAUAUGGAGUCAAUACUAGGGAGCCAAGGUCGUCAAGAACAGGCUGACGAUGAUAGUGAUGGCACAGAAGGAUCUUCCAUGGACAUGGAUUUUGAUGACCUUGGAGAUGAUAGCGGCGGAGAAGAGUCUAACGAGGAUGAGAAGGAAACCUUUAUGGAAUCCUACUCUGGAGCAAUGAAUGUGGAACUUAAGAACUCAACUCUUGAGAAGAGCUUUGAACAUGUGAAUCAACAUUCUUCUAAGCAAAACGAGGAAUCAUCUUCAGAUGCUGAUUUUACACCAAUUGAUGCUGAUUUCAACCUUGUCAAGAACCUUCUUGAAUCAUACUCUUCACAACAAGGACUUCCUGGUCCUGCUUCCAAUUUACUCGGCCUCAUGGGUUUGCAACUUCCAAAGGAUUCCAACGACAAACAAUGAAAUGUUAAGCUAUGUCUCUGUUCAAAAGCGUUUGCAACAUGUUUCAGUUUACCUUGUAUUAUUGUUUAUGAAAUUUAUGAUUUUGCCAA